AUGAUCGUCCGACGUUGCCACCCGAGCGUGCUCCGCCGAUUCUUCGGAGUGAGUGCGAUACGGAGGAAUGAGACGGCCAUACAAAGCACAACAGCGAAUCAACCGGGCCUAAUCAGACGGAGAAUCGAGUCGAUCGUUGAUGGGUACGAGGAUUUCAUCGGAAUCAAAGCCGUCAAAUUGGCGCAAACCGAAGUGAUGGAGUGGGAAAAUCGUUUAAGCCAAGCGCAGCUAGUGCGACGCGAAAAACAAGCCGACAUCAAGAGUGUACAGCGGAAAUUGAAAGAGAUACACACGGAAAUGGAUCGAACGUCGAGAGGAGAAGAUAGAUAUCUUCACUUACUAACGGAGGAACAUCAACUGAUAAAGAAAGAACGCGCGCUUCUCGAAAAUUUCGAGGGACUUGAGACGGGUGAGAGGGAAGCGUUUCAUCAGCUCAGUAAUCGUGUGCGAACAAGUCACGAGAAAGAGCGAGAACGAGUUGAAAAGACGAAAUGGUGGUCGGUGAGCGCGUCUUUGAUUGGGGCCUUACUUGGGAUUAUCGCUACAACGAUAGGUAACGAAAUGCGUAUGACCCGUCUUCGCGAGAUCGUCGGAAGCGAAAGAACCGAGGCGCUGGCGCAAGCGGUUAGGGAUCAAAAUCUAAAGGUGUCUUCAUUCCUCGUCGACAUGAGGCACGCCUUGCACGCAAACGAGAACGCGCCCGGUGAAGCCAACCAAGCAUUCACCAUUGAUACGAGAGAUGCGGAAAAAGUUAUGGUCGAGAUUCGAGCCGAAAAUGAGCGCCUUGCUUCGCAGAUGAGCGAGCUGAGUCGAUUGGCGAGACUCGAGCAAUCGCUGGAAACAGCCGGAAAUGUGGUCUACGUUGGCAAUGACAUGCAAAAAUUGCUCGACGAGACGGAAAAGAAGUUGGAGUCUCGGAUGAAGCUGCAAACGCUUAUCUCUGUUGUGUUCCUCUACGCGGCCAUCGGCGUCACGAUUCCGUUAGCGUUCGCGUUUUUCCGUGGUGGU